CAGGCUUCUUUAUUUCCAGGUAUCUCCAUUUGAUGUAGGCUAAUGAUAACAACAUUUUAAAAAUCAUAUACGGAAGUAUUAAAAUUAAUAAUAUAUUACUAUAAAAAUUAAACAUGGAGUAUGUGUUGGAGGAUGAUAAUGACAUAUUAAACCAGCAAAUUUUAUCCAUGUGUGUGAGCGGAGAAUCCGAAAAUGGUUAUUCAACGGAUUCAGUUAUAACUGAAAAACUUCUCGAAAUUGAUCUUAUUAAAGAAGUGAAUGCAUUGAGUCCAUUAAGAGCAAGUUUAUUUCCAAAUAUACCUCCAACAAUUAAUUUUUCAUGUUUCACGGAGAGAAUAAAAGUAGAAAUUUUAUCAGAUGAGAUCCAAAAAUUACUCAAUUGGAAAAUGUCUACAAUUUCUCCAAGAUUAGUUUUACAAAUAGUAAAUAGAUCUGGUUUUAAUAUUACUGGUCAUAUGUCAAACUGGACUUCGACUUGGGGGAAAUACAUGAAAUGCAAUGAAUUUAAAACAUUAAAGGAAUAUCAAAAAGUUAACCAUUUUCCCGGAAGUUUUUAUAUUGGUAGAAAAGAUCGUUUAUGGUCAAAUAUCAUGAAGAUGAAUCAGAAAUUUCGAGAUGAACAAUUUUGUUUUAUGCCAGAAACAUUUAUAUUGCCUCAAGACAUGAAAAAUCUUGUUGACAUAUGGAGAGAAGAAGAAAUCAAUUGGAUUGUCAAACCACCCGCUUCUGCCAGAGGUGCUGGAGUAACCGUCAUAAACAGAUGGGAAGAUAUACCCAAAAAUAUACCUGUAAUAGUACAAAGAUAUUUAAGUCAGCCAUAUUUAGUGAAUGAUACGAAAUUUGAUUUGAGAAUUUACGUUCUCGUUACCAGUUUUUAUCCUUUAAAAAUAUAUAUUUAUAAUAACGGACUAGUGCGCUUUGCUUCAGUUAAGUAUUCAAAUUCGAAGAAGCAUUUAGGUGAAAAAUUUAUGCAUCUUACAAAUUAUAGUAUUAAUUGUAAAAAUUCUUCUUAUACCGUAAAUAACAACGUAGAAAUCUGCAAUGGCCAUAAAUGGACUUUAAAAUCCUUGUGGAAAUACUUACAACAAUACAAUAUCGACACUGACGAAGUAUGGUCUUGCAUCAAGGAUUUAGUCGUUAAAACUAUGAUAAGUUGUGAACAUCCUAUAAGUACUCUGGUAAGAUCAUACACGAAAAAUAGAUAUUCCUGUUAUGAACUCUUUGGAUUCGAUAUUUUAUUAGAUUCUAACUUAAAACCUUGGCUGUUGGAAGUAAAUAUAUCUCCGAGUCUUCAUUCUAAUUCCGAAUUAGAUAAAUUUAUUAAAUGUUCUUUAAUUAAAGAUGUUCUUAAUACCGUUGGCCUACACAUUCCAAGUCUAGAAAUUUCAGUAAAGCAACAACAAGAACUUUUGGCAAAAUGUAAUAUCACGAAUACUAAAUUCUGUUGCUUUGAUAAUGAUAUAUAUACCAGCAAUUUGAAACAAGAAGAAAAAGUAAAGCAAACUCGACACGAACUUGGUUAUUGGACACAGUCAACAAUUUUAAAUAGAUUAUCCGUUGAUGAUAUUAAAAUUUUAAUACAAAGUGAAGACGAAUUAUCACGUUGCGGUAAUUUUAUACGAAUAUUUCCUUCGAAAGGUUCGUCAAAAUAUUUAAAAUAUUUCGAAAAAUCUAAGUAUUAUAACUUGCUGUUAGAUGCCUGGGAAAAUAAAUAUUUUUAUAAUAGAAAGGAAGGAAUUAAAUUACUGCUAUCUUUAUGCAACGAUUUAAAUAAGAAAGAACUUUAAAUUAUUAAAUGAAAUGAAUUAUUUAAAAAUGAAUUAAAAUUAUUUAAUAAAAUGAAUUAUUUAAAAAUGAAUUAAAAUUAUUUAAUAAAAUGAAUUAUUUAACAUUUUGGAUUUCCUUAUAUUUUUACUGAAUUAUUGGCUCACCCUUCAAGGGAAAUAAAUAAGAACAAUGAACUUCAGUAACUCAAAAUAAACCGAAUAUAUUUCCUAUUAUAUUUAAUAUAGGUUUGCAUUUUAAUAGAAAAAUAUAGUGUUUUAAUUAAUUCGUUUGGUUAUUUAGUUUUCUAUUUUAAUAAUAAUAAUAAUAAUAAACUAUAUUAAGUAAUGGGGAAUAUGUUUGUGUUUAGUGAGCAAAAUUAUCAGAAAGUGAGAGCAAUUAUAUUUUUAUCCUUACAUAACCUAUGUAAGGUUUAUAUUAAAAAAAAAACUAGAUA